AUGGGUGUUUGUUAAACUAAAAUUAAGAAAAAUUCAGAGAUCUCAAAAAAUAAGAUUAAUAAUAAAAUUGAAAGAGUAAAGACUGAAUUUACUGCUACUUAAGAAACAGGAUUAAAAAAUCCAGGACUUUUGUAAAUAAAUAAUUAUAAAACUAUCAAUUCACCUAAAUCCUCUGGAUAUUUAGUGUCAAGAAGCUAAUAAACUAAAGUAGGAUAAGUGAAAUUAAGUGGAUUAAUAUAAAACUCUAUAUAAAUAGGAUAAAUUACCUUCCUUGAAAUAAAUGCUUCUAAAAAAUAUUCAAUAAUUAAGAAACGUUAAAUUGACGAUGUAAUAUAUAUUUAGUUAUUCUAUAGGAGAAAAAAAUAUUAUCAAAUAACAAGACUGGAAUAAUAGUAGAAAUGGAAACUUUAUUAAAAGUAGAUAAAGAAUCAUUAGAAUACUUAAAAUGGAUAUCAAAAGCAUAAUUAGUAUAUAUAAAUCAUUAAUAACAUAGGAUCAUCCUAAUCUCAAUCGUAUACUUGAAAUAUAUCAAGAUUAAAAUUCUUAUCAAGUCAUUUAUGAAUUUUUUGAUGGAAAAUCAUUGUCAGAAUUAGUAUCUGAAGACAAUCGACUUCCUAUAGUUUAAAUCAAUUAGAUUAUGGGAUAGAUAAUCUCUAUUAUAUCUUACUUACAUUCUCUAAAUCUGAUUCAUGGAAAUUUGACUCUUGAUUCCUUUUAAUUUAAAAGAAAGCAAAAUGAAAUUUUAAUUAAAUUAAUUGAUACAAAAAAAGUUAAAAUCAAAGAAUCAGAAUCGAUAAAUAUCUUAAAAUUUACAUCUCCAGAAUGCUUGAAUCACCCUAAUAAUUUUACAACUGCAAGAGAUGUAUGGGCUAUCGGUAUCAUAUGUUAUUGUCUUACCUAUGGUAAUUUACCAUAUACUAUUCCUCCAAAUAUAGAUUAUUUUUUAAUCUUAUAAUUAAUUAAAUAAACUGAGAUUUAAUUUAAUGAUCAUGAUUAGUUAAUAACUAAGUUUAUUUAGAAAAUGUUAGUCCAUAACUCAAAAAGUAGAAUUACAUUGAAUUAAUUAGUAUAAGAUGAAUUUUUAUAGUAAACUAAUGAGAAAUAACAAUUUUUUUAAGAAAUCUUAUUGAAUAAUACAAAAUUUGCUAAGCCUUGUUGUUUUCUAUAAGAAUUGAUAAUUAGCUAUUUUUUAUAAGAAUUUAAUUGGGAAUAAUAUCUUUAAAUUUAAAAGUUAUUUUCAGAAGGAGAUUAAGACAUGAAUGGAUAUUUAAGUAAAAAGGAAUUAUCAAAUCUAUACAAAUAAUAUCUAAAUGAUCCAAAUUCAGAAGAAUUAGUUGAGUAAGUAUUUUUAAAUUAUGAUAUUAAUGAAGAAAAUGGAAUUAAUAGCUAAUAAUUCUAAUCUCUAGCUGCUAACAGAGAUAUAUUAUUAACAGAUAGCAAUAUUGAAAUAGGAUUCUAGAUUUUCUCAUAUGGCAAAUAGGAAAUAAAUCUGAAAGGUUUAAGAAGAUAAUUGAAUUCUGAUUCAGAAGAAUUGAUUGAUGAAUUCAAUCGUAUAACAAAUAAAGAAAAUAUUGUAUAAAUUAUGUAUCUUAUUUUAGUUAAAUCUCAAAUAAUUUAAAAAAUUAGUUCAAUUGAUUAUUUGA